AUGUAAAAGUUUUAAAAUUUAUUAAACUUAUUAGAAGAAUAGACUAAAAAUAUACGUUCAAGGCAUUCUAAUUCGCUAAAAAAUAGUAAAUUAUCUAUCAAUAAUGACGAAUAAUUUCUAAAAGCAAGUUUAAAAGCUCAUGAUUUCAGAAAAUAUUUAUUAAAAAACAAUCCUAUAAGUGUACAUGAAAAAUUAAACUAAUUGGUUAGAAAAAAAUCACUACCAUUAAAUAAAUUAAGGAAAAAACUUAAUUCUUUCCAUGAAAAUAGUUCUGUUAGUAUAACAUAUACAACUUAUGAUAAUAUGCCAAAUAUUAUUUUACCAAUUAAUGAAGUCUAAUUCCCUGAGGUCCAAUAAAAUAUUCUCUAAAAUUAAAGAAUAAAAACUGAUAAAAAUAGUUACUAAAUGAUAAGUCUAGAAGAAUAAUUACAAAAAUAUCCUAAAUUACAAAAUUAUUACGAAAUCAAGAGAAUUCAGAAAGACCUUAUAAAAAAAGAACAAGUUAACUCAAAUUCAUCAUUAAUCAAUACGCAACCUCCAAAAAAUUAGCAUGAAUUAAAAUAUGGAUUAAAAUUUGACAAUUUUACCUCAAAAUUAUAAGAUAAAAAUGCAAAAAUUAGAAUAUAAAAAAUAUAUGAUAGGUACAUUUAAAUAAUUUUUCUAGGUACACAUAUUAGCGAAUAAGCAAUAAAUCUUACACAGAGAUAUUAGAUGUUACAAAAUAUAAAAAAUUAAUAAAUACACAAACAGAAAUAUAUAAGGAUAUGAUAGAAAAUAAGAGACUAUCUAAAUCAAAUUAAAAAAAGUUGGAAUCAAAUUUCAAAGAAAUCUAUAGGCAAGUACUUAAAAAUUGA